AUGUCUUCGAAACGAGUCCCCAGUCAGAUGACAGACCGACCCAGCAACCCCGCACACAGAUUCUCAGAAGUGAUACCCCGAUUUCAAACCCUCAGCCUUACCUCGGCAGCGAAUCAAGCCAAAACCGAAUACCGACAGGGCGAGUUCCUUGAAGAGUUGGUUAAGCAAAGGUAUUUAGGAAGGGUGGCUGAGGACCAUGUCACAUUUAUUCGAGAUUCAUUUACUAGCCUCAACAAGAGAAUUGGAGAACUGCAUAAGCGUGUGCCAAUAGUUCCCAAGAGAUUUGGCAAGACCUGUGCAACCGAGGAAGGCAUGGACGCGAAAAUGGAUGAUGGAUAUGUCAACGUGGAUGACGACAAAGAUGGAGACUACAAUGGUGAUGGAGGGGUUGUUUAUCGCCUUACUGCGGAACAGGAGGAAGAAGAUGAGGAGCACUGGCGUCAGACAGUUACCACUCUUCCCAAACGCACGACAAUCACCGACUACUAUGUAGAGAUGGGUUACCAGAUGAGUUCUUCUCCGCCAAAGGUACGACCAGAGGAACAGAGCUCGCCACUUCCUCGUUGUGGACGCUCAGUUGAACGCAAACCCCGCGCACAGAAAUGGGUACCGCGUAUGCCCAAGAACAGAAAACGGCCCGCAUCUCCAUCGCCCACUACCGAAACACUUAAUACCAGAACACAGAAUGCCGAAACAAUCGGCCAUAUGUACAGACCCGAAGCAGCACCAACUUCUAGCUCAGUAAUGUCUCCUCCCAAGCGUGCCAAGACCGCAUCUUCACCUCUUCCUGGACCACGCCCGAAGCGACCACCUCGUUGUGCCUCAUGUAUGCGAAUGAGAAAGUUGUGUGAUCGUAAGAGUCCUUGUGGGAGAUGCUCUGGAAUGCGCAUUGCGAAGGAUCGGCAAUUCGCUGAGCUUCAAAGCCAAGCGAAACUUUUCGGAUUCGGAAGUGACGUUGGUGAGGAAGGUGCAGAUGAAGGUACUGCUGGUCGGGUCGAGUUUCUUAUGCAUCGAUGUGAUAUGAUAAAUAAGAUGGUCUAUAUGGAGGGAAGGACAAGUUUUCUGUGCCUCCAGGACUUACAUGGCGCGUUGAUUCCUCUCAAGCAAUGA